AUGACGAUUAUGUGGACCGUUGCCUCUACCCGAAUACCCGGGUUUCUCCACGGUACAACCGUUCCACUUUUUGAUCCGAUAUGCCACUCGUUCGGCGUAUGUAUCGUUGAGGAUAGGCUGGCUGAGCCUGUUACAGCUUUUGCAACGUUGAUGGUAUACCCUCGCAUUUUAUUCAUAUCCAGGGUACAUUCGUAUGGUGAUGGCAAUCUCCUUGCUGGACCAUCCAGUGGAUUCACAGGCAGCAUUGUCGCAUCUUCUGUCGCUGUCGAUUUCAUGGAAGUCGAACGUGAGGAAUGCGUCGUCCAGUAA